AUUAAUGUGAAAUUACAUAUUCUAUUCAUUAUUAUGGACUUACAAAAUAUAAUUACUCUGCUACAUAAUAUUGACAGCUAAGUCCUAGCAGGGGAGAAGGAGAACUCAUUAUACACAUUGAAGUCAAACAACUACACACAAUUUCUCUAUAUAUAGUCUAUAUAUACACACCCCCUUUACACAUAUCUUCUUCACUUUCCUCACCUUAGCUAAUUCACAUUUUCCAUAAAAAAAAAGACCCAAUUUUUUCUCCUCCAUAACAUUAUAAUUAUAAUCUCUCUUGAAGAAGUAAAUAAAUAAAAAUGGCUGGCGGCGGAUUUGGCCCUGGUCCCGGCACCGGAAAAGAAUAUCCCGGCAACUUAACCCCUUAUGUCUUAAUCACCUGCGUUAUUGCCGCCAUGGGCGGCCUCAUUUUCGGCUACGAUAUCGGAAUUUCAGGCGGGGUGACGUCGAUGGACUCGUUUCUGAAGAAAUUUUUCCCGUCGGUUUAUCGGAAGCAACAGGCGGACGACUCAACGAAUCAGUACUGCAAAUUCGACAGCGAGACGCUGACGAUGUUCACGUCGUCGCUCUACCUGGCGGCGCUCGUGUCAUCGUUGGUGGCCUCGACGGUGACGAGGCGGCUCGGCCGGAAGCUCUCGAUGCUCUUUGGCGGUGUGUUGUUUUGUGCCGGCGCGUUGAUCAACGGGUUCGCGCGUGGGGUGUGGAUGCUCAUUCUCGGCCGUAUUCUGUUGGGUUUUGGGAUUGGGUUUGCCAAUCAGUCUGUGCCUCUGUACCUAUCCGAAAUGGCCCCUUACAAGUACCGUGGGGCCCUCAACAUCGGCUUCCAGCUGUCAAUCACAAUCGGCAUCCUCGCCGCCAAUGUCCUCAACUACGGCUUCGCCAAAAUCCGCGGCGGCUGGGGCUGGCGCCUCAGCCUCGGCGGCGCGGUGGUCCCCGCCCUCAUCAUCACCGUCGGCUCCCUCGUCCUCCCAGAGACCCCCAACUCCAUGAUCGAGCGCGGCCAGCACGACGCCGCCCGAUCGAGGCUCCGCCGAAUCCGCGGCGUCUCGGAAGUCGACGAGGAGUUCGACGACCUCGUCGCCGCGAGCGAGGAGUCGAGGAAAGUCGAGCACCCGUGGCGGAACCUCCUCCAGAAGAAGUACCGGCCCCAUCUCACGAUGGCCGUGGCCAUCCCUUUUUUCCAGCAGCUCACGGGGAUCAAUGUUAUUAUGUUUUACGCGCCCGUGCUGUUCAAGACCAUUGGGUUCGGUGGUGAUGCCGCGCUGAUGUCGGCGGUGAUCACAGGAGGGGUCAAUGUGCUGGCGACCGUCGUGUCGAUUUACGGUGUCGACAAGUGGGGGAGGAGGUUUUUGUUCCUCGAGGGCGGGAUCCAGAUGCUCGUCUGUCAGAUAGUGGUGGCGAUUUGCAUAGCUGUGAAGUUUGGGGUGAACGGGGAGCCCGGGGAGCUGCCCAAGUGGUACGCCAUCGUGGUAGUCCUCUUCAUCUGCAUCUACGUGGCUGGGUUCGCGUGGUCAUGGGGUCCGCUCGGGUGGUUGGUCCCGAGUGAGAUAUUCCCACUCGAGAUACGGUCUGCGGCUCAGAGCCUGAAUGUGUCGGUCAACAUGGUGUUCACGUUCGCGGUGGCCCAAGUGUUCUUGACCAUGCUCUGCCACCUCAAGUUCGGACUCUUCCUAUUCUUCGCAUUUUGGGUGUGCGUGAUGACAGUGUUCAUAUACAUAUUUUUGCCAGAGACGAAGAAUAUUCCGAUUGAGGAAAUGGUGGUCGUGUGGCGGAAGCACUGGUUUUGGUCGAGGUUCGUCGGUGGUGAGGUUGAUGGCUAUGCAAAUGGCAAUGGCAAGGGCUCACUUGAGAUGAAGAAGGGGGUUGUAUGAUGAUAAAGGGAAGCAAAUUCAAAAGCAUGGAAUUUAAAAACCUUUUUUUUUUUUAGUUUGGUGUUGUAGGGAUACUUUAGUGCAAUUUGGGAUGUAAUUGUUUGAUGUGUCAUGUGUCCAAAUGUGUUUUCAUGUUAUUUCUUUUUUAUGUUUUAUAUUUUUUUUCUAAAUAUAGAUUGCGGAUUCUAAUGUUUAAGAAAAAUUAUGAAAUGAAUUAUUGUUGUUAUGGAUAUAGUUUUUUUUUUUUUCCUAAGCCCUCAAGCGAUGUUGGUCUUUUCGUGUUUAUUGUGGAAUAAUCAGUUGCUAAGUACAAUACUCAUAUAGUAUUGUAAUGCGCACACCGUUAUUA